CGCAAUCAGGCACGACUAAUCGAUCUUCAGUGUAAAUAAAUGUUGAAUGUCAGCAGAAUCUGCUCCGUUAGCCUGGAGCGGCUAAGCUAAUGCAGAAGUUACAGUAUUGCAGUAGAAGCGCUUGGUGGAUCUGCGCGGUGUUUGGGGGGUGUGAUCAGGGGGAGUAAAGUCAGGUUUAACCCGAGUUUUAUAUCUGAACUCGGUCUAGUUUUAUAGUAUUAAACAGAAACGCGCCGAGACCGGAUGCUAGCAGGGGCAGCGUGUGCAGCGCAGUUAGUGUCCGGCCUGCCCCGCAUGCUGCUGUGAUUGUGUCCGGCAGGCUGAGCGCGGUGAGAGAUGGCUGCAGUAGCGGGGUGUAGGAGACUGUUUCUCCGCGGAACUCUGUCCGGACUGCGGCUCGGAUCCAGGAGACUCCCGGGUCUUGCCGGCUCCGGGUCCAGUCCCUUCCUGACUCGUGGCCACAGACUGGGACCCACAGAUGAUGAGAUGUAUCAGAGGACGACGGUGACGGUGCUGCAGAGAGAGCCGGACAGCGGACCCGUCAUCGUCAGCUACAGCUCCAGAGGCUUCAACAUCGACGGGAACAGAGUGAUCGGACCCUGCGCCGUCGUCCCGCCCGCCAUCCUGCAGUGGAACGUGGGCAGUCAUAAAGAUAUCACAGUGGAGAGUUUGGCUCUAUUUUACCUGCUGGAACCUCGCAUAGAGGUGCUGGUUUUAGGCACAGGAUCCCGCACGGAGCGUCUGGACCCCAAUAUUCUCUCCUUCCUCCGACAGAAAGGAAUUGCUGUGGAGAUUCAGGACACGGCGAACGCCUGCGCCACGUUCAACUUCCUGACCAGCGAGAGACGAAUCACAGCAGCUGGUUUAAUCCCACCUACAAACUCAACGUCCAUAGAGUGACUUCAGAUAGACACACCCUGACCUGUGUGUGUGUGUGUGUGUGUGUGUGUGUGUCCUACACAGAGACUGUAUAAAUCACUAUUUCCAAAAUCACCCCUUUAAAAUAUGAGUAUCCAGCUCUUUCUGUAUAUAGACAACAAUACCAGAGGCUUCCUGUGGAACUCAAUGUGAUGUACUGUAAUAUAAUAUAAACCUGUCACAUUUUUACAUAA